AUGAAUUCCCGCCUGACGCGAUCAGCUCAGGCGACAGGAGCCCCGGUAGGAAUGACUUCUUUGGGAGCCGCUGGUGGUCAGUGGCAUUCGCUGAAUCGGAUGGGCGACAAAGAAAAGGAAUCACGCGCGUUAAUGGGUGUGUUGACGCCAUCGCCAAACGAUCUUGCGUCGAAGGCCCGAUACUUCGGUCUUCGCUUUGAACUGCGAUCGACGCUGAACGUGCUGUGCGUCCUCAACACGCGGCCGUCGGAGUCGGAAAGUCUCACGAGGCUCGUCCGGAAGCGCAUCGGCGUCUUCAGGCAGGAGCUCUUGCUCGCGAGAGAGUUUCUACGGCGCCGCAGCAGUCCGGACGUCGGCAUGGGGAUCACUCACGCGUUGGAAGAAGAUGGUGAGGCCACGGGUGAAAACAUUGACGGUACGACCGCCGGCGUGGUUCACCUCGCGUGGCGGAUUCUCUCACACGAAGAGAAGCUGGCGAACGCGGGCCCGGACGACGCGGGAUCGAUUGAUGUGGAAGGGCAAAUGGCGACCUGGUUAAAGGACGCCGCCGCCGGGCUGUUCGUAAAAAGGGCCCUUCCAUCUGAGAACAGAGAGUUUUCAAGUGGAAGCGGCGAGUUCCGCGCGGCGGCAAAGGGGGUAAAUGGCGAGGCGGAAAACAUCUCCCCCGUGGAGGUGGUAAUUCACCGACAGCUCCUCCAUGACGUCGUCCUCCGCCGCGGCGACGAGGCCACGCCGAUGAGGGCGGUGGUGCAAGAUAUGAUCACGCUCGGGGCGCACCUCAUGGUCCCACUGGAGAUGCUGCGGAGUUCAAACCGGUGGAUCCUCAUCCACGAGGACGUCCGCUACACCUUAGAAGAUCAGUUGUUUCACUACCGCGGGGUGAGCGAAUACCACGGGAUGCCAGAGGAUGCCAUCCGGCGGCUUUGGCGGGAGCUCUGGGCGGUGUGGUUGGCGGCGUGGCGGCGGCGAGAUCGGUUGUGGGGGGGUGCCCCUGACGACCUUCAGGGUGGAUUAGAAGAGGGGGAUGAUCGCGCCUUCGGUCCGAUAACCGCGUCGGGAGUUGGGGUGCAGUUGGGAGGGCAUUCCCACGGCGUCGCGCCGACCUCGCGGCGGACGUGGUACGUUCUGCGGUAUCCCUUAGCCACCCUCCUGCGCGGCCUCCAGGCGCCCUCAUCGGCAGAUCUUCUCGGCGAAAGCCCCGAGGGGAAGACCGCGACACCGCUCUUUGACGUGAGCUACGAUGAUCUCAGCGCGGCGAUGGUGGCGCCGUAUCUAUCGCCCGAGUGUUAUGUGAGAUUGCGCUCGAGGUGCGCAAAGGCGGGCACACACGAGUCGGGUGAAGCGCAAGGGGGGGUGCUUGUAAUCCACCGUUUCUCCGAUGAUGCGUGGAAUAUCGCGGUGAUUGUGAUCGAGGCGAUGCUGUGCGGUUUUAAUCUCUACGACGCCAACCUCUGCCAUCUUUCACCGGCCUCCCUCGCGUCCGUUUCUGCCGAGGCGACGAUGCCGGCAUGCGGGGCGCCGACGCCGACGCAUUCCAUCUACGCCGAUCUCGUCUUCUGUUUAGUGCGGUACCACUCCAUCGCGCUGCCCGCUGCGCAGAACUUUCUCUACGCCACGUUAGAGGCGUUCGGCCGCGUCGUGCGCGGGUUCGACGCGUCGAACCCGCGCGAUAGAAAUCGCGCCUCGUCCGCGGUCGGUAACCCUACGAAUCCACCCCAACCCUCGCCGGAUCCCACGCGCCUUGCCGAGGACUGGCUGGGGUACGUCCAGCUCCGAUACGGGAAGGACUUCAUCACCGGUCUACUCCACGAGGUCGCGACGACAGGGCUGUGUUGGACGAGAGACGCACGUUGGCAGGCCUUUCGCCGCUGCGCACUACCUACCUCCCCUGGGUUAAAAAAAAAAGAUCCGAGUACGGGAACGGGAAUGGAAACUACGCCUCUGCCAAAUUCGACGGAUGAAGAAAAAAGGAAGGUGGUCGAAGGCACCUCGUGGUUGACGUCUAGUAAGAUCGGAAUCGCUUCCAGUGUGGUGCCGGAAGACGUUGGGAUCGCAUGCAGACCGGGGUCGCCUGGCAGGCCCUUAACGUCUUAUCACGUUCUCCACCGUCUUCGAAUCCCCUUACUGCCGCUCCUGCCAGAAAGCAAUCUGCAUGCGCUUCGUGGUUGGAGACCACACACCGACAAAGGGGGGGAAGAGGUCCGUGAGGGUGAUGGGUGGUUUAUCAGUGAGGUGUGGAGUGAGCUUCAGGAGUGGCUGCACACCGCUGAACUUGAAACCUCCUCCCGGGAUGGCGCCGAGAGCACUGGGAUAGCCCGACAAGGGGUUCGUUUUUCCUUGCUCAUGCGACUCAUCGAACAGGGCAUUUUACACGAGUGUUCACGGAAGAAACCCUCCUCGAACGACGCGUUGCGUGUGGCCUCGCGGCAGCAGCUGCGGCAGCUCCCAAAGGAGUCAAUCCAGCCGGCGAAGGCGCCACCCGCAGGGGGGGGGAUCGGCUCGGAGGCCGACCGACCACCAAAGGAAACGGACGCGCAUGGGAGCCCGGAUGACGUCCUCGCCAACCACCCCUUUAUUCGCCAAUUCACGGAGCGCGGUCAGUUAUCGGCCUACCUCUCCGCCAUCGCCCCACCCGGCACGCCUCCCUCGCUGUUGCCAACCCCCACCGUGUUUCUGAGCGAGGGAACGAUCCGGGAGCUGCUGCGCGGCCGCGGCUCGAACCCACAGCGCGCUCCCCAACCCCAUAGCGAUCCCCAUCCCCGUCGCGUGGGGGGAUCUUUGCGGAUGUUUUUCGGUGGCCCCCAAGGGGGGAUCCCCGCCGGGCGCACCGACGGGGAAGCGGGUGGGAUCCAUCCAAGGCUGCUCCGCGCUCUCCAACCCCCGCUCGAGCGGGAGGUCGCGCGGCAGCUGUGGUUCAUCGCGGAGCUCCGGCGGCGGAUGAGCUUCACAACCCCCCUUGCCGACCGCGCGCGGGCCGUGCGCGCCUUUCUCCUUGAACAAAGCCGUGCGUUGAAUACCGUGAUUGUUCCCAUCCCACCUACGAUUCGUGGGGAGGUCUGGGGGGUCCUGUUGGGGGUUCCUCCAGCCCCUCAACGCGAGCGGCUUUACGCGCGUGGCAAAGUCGCUGCCGCCGCCGCCGCCACGGCGUCGUCUUUUGCGAUCGAUCGUCAGCUCAGCGUGGAUAUCCCUCGCUGUCAUCAAUACCAUCCACUCCUAGCCUCUGAGGACGGGCAUGAAAAGCUUAGGCGGGUGAUCAAAAGCUGUCUGGCGUUAAGCCCCGCACUGGGGUAUUGGCAAGGGAUCGACAGUCUUUGUGCGGUGCUCCUGUCCGUGAGCUUUACGGAUGAAGCCCUCGUCGGGGUCACCCUCCUGCACCUGAUUCAACGCUAUCUCCCCUACCAUCACCCCCAUCCCGACGCCGUCGGGCGGGAAAUCUUAGAUCCCGUCCACCCCCCCCCCGCCCUUUCACCCUGGAGGAGCAGCUUCAUCACAUCGCGCUUUGCCUGCAAUACUGCGAUCCGUUGCUCGCGACCCAUCUCUUCCGCGAGUGCGACUUCUCCCCACAGCACUUCGCGGUGGGUUGGGUGCUCGCCCUUUUCGCGCACGCCCUUCCGACCCGACGGGUCUACCCCGUCUGGGAUUUCCUCUUUGUGCAUCUCGAGCAGCCCCCGCACGGGCUGA